AUGCACCCCACUCUCCUCGCCUUCUCUUUCUUCCUCCCCCUCCCUCCCCCGCCCAUCUCCCUCCGUCUGCCCUUUUUCUCUCACCUCCCCUUCCCCUCUCCCCCCCCCUCCCUCCCCCCUCUCUCCCGCCUCUCCCCCAUACCCAACGCCCAUCCCUCCGCGGCAGCCAGCUCGCCCGCAACGCCCUGGAUGCGCCUCUGGGGGGCGAGCUCUCCGCACUCUCCAACCUGCAGAAGCUGGGCUGCUUUGGUUGGCGGGUCAAGAGUGGUAGCAGGGGUGUCGGUGUGCGGUGCUGCUGCCGGCCGGGGCAGCGACCUGAGUGGUAACCGCAUUCCCGGCGCCCUGCCCGUAGGCCUGUCCGCCCUGACAGCGCUGGAGAUUCUCUCCCUCGCGUCCAACCAGCUUGCUGACUCCUUUCCCUCAGGCCUCUCCGCACUCACUGCCCUCAAACACCUCGAGUUGGGCAGCAACACCUUCAGCGGGCCCCUGCCCGACAGCUGGAGCGCUCUCUCCGGCCUGCACCUGCUGUCAGUGCUGCCCCUCGCUCCUUCCCUGCCUCUUGUUCUGCCUCCCCAUAAGCCGACCUGGCCGGUGCGGGGGUGCGCACCCCGCCACCGGACUCAUGGGCAGCGCUCUCAUCGCUGGAGAUCGCCUCUCUGCAGCACAGCGAUAACCUCACUGCGCCCUUCCCCUUUCCCACCCCCAGUGACUUGGCUAGUGCAGGAGUGCGCACCCCGCCACCGGACCCAUGGGCAGCGCUCUCAUCGCUGGAGACCUACCCCCUCCCCCUACCCACUCCCCCUACCCCCUCCCUCUUUCCCCUCCCCUACCCCCUCCCCCUUCCCCUCUCCUCCCCUCCCUCCUCCCAGCGACCUGGCUAGUGCAGGAGUGCUCACUCCGCCACCGGACUCAUGGGCGGCACUCGCAUCACUCGAGAUCGUCUCGCUGCACAGCAACAACCUCACUGCACCCUUCCCCGCCUUCCUGCUGCAACUGCCCAACAUCUCCGACAUGUGCGUCUCUGUGGGCCCUGCCCCAUUCAUCCCUCCCCUCCAUACCCAUACAUGCGCAUCCACCAUCGCAACCAUCACAUACCAGUACCAUCGCCUCGUCUCCAUCUGUCCACCACCCGCCCCUCCAAACCACCCCCUCCCCCCUUCUCCCCUUCUCCCCCCCUUCUCCCCUUCUCCCCCCCUUCCCCCCUCCCCAGCGAGGUGUCCUCCAACUACCUGGACAGGUCGGCUCCUCAGUCUCCUGGUUUUUGAAAAUUCCACCACCCUCUCCUCUCACCGCCUCUCCUCUCACCGCCCCGCCUCUCCUCUCACCACCCUCUCCUUUCACCGCCUCUCCUCUCACCACCCUCUCCUUUCACCGCCUCUCCUCUCACCGCCCCGCCUCUCCUCUCACCACCCUCUCCUUUCACCGCCUCUCCUCUCACCGCCUGCCCCUCCACAUUCCCCCCCUCCACCUCCUACCCCCCCAAGCGAGGUGUCCUCCAACUACCUGAACGGGUCGGCCCCUCAGCCUCCUGCCGGCCGCUCUGCUCAGUUCAGCCACAGUAGCAACUGCCUGGACCAGGCGCCCUCCCAGCGCCCCACAGACCAGUGCUCGCGCUUCUACUCCAACCUGCCCGCUCUCAUGCAAUCUGGUACCCCUUGCCCCUCCCCCACUCUCCUUGGCACUGCUGCUCGCGCUUCUACUCCAACCUGCCCGCCCUCAUGCAAUCCGGUAGCCACUCCCCUUCCCCUCCCCGCCCCUCUCCCCGCCCCUCUCCCCGCCAUCCCCCCCUCCCCUUCCCCCCCUCCCCUUUCCCCCCUCUCCUGUCACCCCUCGUCGUUGCUUCCACAGUGUAACGUUGCUCCUGUGGCACCUUCUAUUCGUCCCCAUAGGGACUCAUCUGCAGAGAAGGCUAAUCCCAAAGGAGCUGCAGCUCUCACCUCCCUGCCAUCUGCAUCCGCUGCAGUCGCUGCAGCAGCACUGCUCAUCUCACUCUCCCUGGUGCUGCUGCAAUAG